UGAAGCAAAUGUCGCAAAUAUAGAGAGGGCCAUUUUCAAAAGAUGGCAGCACAAAGAAUUCAGAAUGCAUUUUUAUAAGCCACAAAGGCCAUUAAUACGAGUAAGCCCAAAGUUUAAAUUUGAUUAUGCUCAACAACCUAGAACGCAACAACCUUCUCCAAACGGCCUAAGCUGGUCGCAUUUGCCCGAUCGCCUUAGACCCUAUGAAAUCUCAGUAAAUGGGAAACGUCAGGGUGUCACAAAGAAAAAAUUGGAUACUCCAGUUGCUGCCUUGGCUAUUAGCAAAUAUAAACUGUUUCUUUGCUUUCUGGAGUUGCUUAGAUCCCAAAAAGAGAUAAGAAAAACACUUGAUAUUCUGACCGAAGACCUUCCCAAUUUAUCGUAUGGAACAUGCAAACAAUUGGCCACGAGGUACCAAGAGGCUUGGCAGCAAUUAAAAUCUGAAUAUUUUGAGCAAUGGACAAGAAAGCCCGACAAACUUCUAGAAUUUAAAAGGAUAGCCUAACAAACAAACUGUUUACUAUUCUAAUCUUAAAGGAAAGAAGACAUUUUAUAGUGUGAGCAGUUCUCUUUAAAUGUAUGAAACCAGAAAUUUAUGCUGGCUCAAAUAUGUCUCAACUGCACUAAUAAUAAAAUUUGUCAUGGUUGGCCAGCCAAAAUGCAACUGCAUUCGGUUAGCUGGUUUGGAUCGAAGGAAAAAUAAACGAAAAUGUUUUUCUUUAUUAACAUUAUGACAUAACAUUAUUACCAUAAUGAUAUAGCCAUUACCGAAAACCAACUGUUUUAGUUAAAUUAAGAAAUUAAACCGAAAACCAACUGUUUUAGUUAAAUUAAGAAAUUAAAUGCGAUAUUACUGUAUCUGUAAUGACAAUGAAAGCCUUAAUCCGUUAAAAUAUUGAAAGUAUUGGGAUUAACAAUAA